GACGACGAUGACGGACAGGACGACGAUGACGGACAGGACGACGAUGACGGACAGGACGACGAUGACGGACAGGACGACGAUGACGGGUUUCGCUACGAUGACGACGCAUUGGACGACAUUCACGGAUGGGGCCACGAUGACGGAGGGAUCCACGAUGACCCAUAUGGCCGUGAUGGCCCACCGUUCGACGAUGAUCCGUCCAGCGGAGUGUACAUCCCGGAGAAUGACUUUGGCGGGCUGGUGUCUAUUCGCUUUCCCUACGUGGCCGAUUCAGGGAUGGAAGACUGGGAUUUCUAUUGUCAAGGCUGUGACUACUUGAAGGGUGAUGACGAGGAGUGGGACCUGCGCGAUUCUGCCGCACAACGCAAGUUGUCUGCCAGCAUGCUCUUCGAUCUGAACCGUCCGGUGCUUUUCAGGCCGGGCUUGGUGCGAUCCAAGCAGCAGUUUUUGGACCAUGUCAAAACCUGCUAUGGUGUUCGUCGCCUAAUUGCGUCCUGGGGACCUGGGUCCGAGCCGUCGUCACCCGCUUCAGAGAGUCUAAAUCAUGGGUAUUAUAUCGAUUACUAUUCCUUAUAA